AGUUUUUUUUUUAAAUUAUUUUGAAUAUUCGUAAAACAAGUGCAGGAAAAAUAACAAAAGAGGACUGAUUUUAAAAAAUGGCGGCGGGAUAAUUUAAAAAGUUUUUUUAAUAUCGUGAGAUACUGACUUACACCAUGAUCAGGACUAAGUAAAUUGUUUUGUUUUAUUUAAUUGAGCUGAUGACAAAAGUGCGGGAAUAUUUAAAGUGAUUUUGAGUGCGCGCGAAUUGUGAAAUUGUAAAAUACAUUUUGGCGGGAGACGAUAAUGUGCAAGUGUAUUAGUUAUUUUUUUUGUAUUUUUAAAUACUGAUUUGAAAAUGAUGAUGAUGAUUUUACUCGCACGCUGGAUUUAUAAAGUUUUAAUGGGUGGCAAUUGUUUUUGUAAUUGUGUUGAUGUUUGUCCUGUGUAUUAAGUAUUGGAUAAUAAUAAUAAUUAUAAAAAGUGGCUUAAAUGUAAUAUGGCGUACAAGUUUCGUGAGGAGAUCGUGGGAAAGAGGUUCCUAUCAGUGAGUAGUGAUUUCUCCAAGCUAAAAGUGAAUAAAAUCAGUGAGUGGGGUUGGAGAUCGGGGGUUAUACGCGCUGCUAGUCACAGGGAUAAUAAUUGCCAUGAUCUUCAGGUUCUCGUGGAGUAUGACGACGUCGAAUGGCACAGACGAGAGUGGUUAUCACCGCACCGUGAUACAGCUUUUACAUGUUUUCUCAUCGAAAAAGGACUUUUCUGGGCAGAACGUAUCGAUCCUCGACAGAACGGUCUCACUGCCAUCGAUCAGUACAAUCACAACAACCACACAAAUAAUAAUCACCGCAUUAACGGCAAAUCCAAAGGAUCAACAUCCGCAAACACCGUUGCUUGGCCUGCUAUCGCAUUUUAUCCACUUGUAGCAAGAGAAGAUUUGCAUGAAGAUAUGAUGCCAGUUGAAUUUAUAAACGAUAAAAAAUUGGAAUUUGUUGAUUACGAUAAACUAAAACCAUUUACGCAAGAUUGGGAGCUGACAAAAGCAAGUUUACCAUGGGCAAACUCUGUAAGAAGAUGGGCAGAGAUGCAGGAUGGUCAAAGGAUUCUAUUAACCACACCCAGUGUUCUAGUUGGCUUCAGGGUCGAGGUUUAUCGCGCCGAAGGCACUACCCAGUGGUACACAGCCGUCAUUGUUGGUUACAACGAAUCAACCAAGGAUUUGACAGUAACCGAUGACACUGUGCUUGAAGAACACAAUGAAGACCCGAGAUUAGUUCAAAUGCGUUUGAUCGGUGACGGAGUCGUGGAGAGUAUCAUGAGGGGCGAGGUUGUCGGCAUGACGCCGAGGAGGUCGAGGUCGUCGACUGGCCUGAUGACGCACGCAAUUGUCGUCCCUCGAGUGCCAAGAAGACCUCGUGGUCGUCCAGUAACCACAUCGUUAACAGUUACACAACCAGUGUCACAACAAUUAGAAAAAGAUAAAGGAAUUGGUAAAAAAAAUCGCACGCAAAAAGUGAACGAGGUAUCGGUACGUGAGAAAACAGAAUCACGUCAAGAGGAUCGCGAAAACAAAGGGCCGGUGAUAAGUAGCGUUAAACCGAGCAAUCGCGGUCCUCGAUCGUCGGUACUUGAGGAGACCAAUAGUUUAACAAAACUUCGUAAACGUGGUGCCGGUGGUACUGGAGCUGUAACUGGUGGCAGUGCUGGCAGUGGUAGUGGAGCAGGAUCAGGAGUUGGAUUAAAAAACCCUGAGACAAAUCGACGGGUACGCGGUAGACGUGGUCGUCCAACCGAUGAAUCACGUCGAAAUGACCGGGAUCGUUUGAAUGCUACGACAAAAGACAAAGAACCAGUCCGCGAUCAAGAUCACUUGAGAUCCGAGGACGAGGGCGAAACGGAGGAGGAAGAAACUGUUGAAGGGGGAGAGGAAGAGGUUGAAGACGAGAGCGAAGAAGAGUCAGAUUCAAAGCUUAAAACUCGGUUACGAUCCGCGCGGCAAGAUAACGACCUCAACGAGGACAAAAAAGAGGUGAAGCAGGAGAAACACCAGGAGGAUAAAAAAUUUAAGGAGAAAAAAAAAGUUGAGGAGAGUAACGUUAUAGCUGAUACUAGUUUGGCUGAUGUUAAACCUGAAGAAGACGAAAGUGAAUCACGUGAGCGUGAUCGUGAACCUGAACCGCCACCUUCGAUACCCGACACUCUUGAUCCAGGGGGUGAUGAUUGUAAUAUAACUUGUAGUAAGACAAUAAUAACAACAACAGCAACAACAAUUGCGACAGCAAUUAGCAAAGAAGUUAUUAGUAAUUUAAAUAGUGAUAGUGUUACGAAAUUAAAUUUAAGCACGAGUCCCAGUGAUAAGCAGGCCAGUGAACUGGUCGAGCGUACGAAUAAGGACGGCAGCGUGCUGGAGAGACUGAGUCCAUUGAACGCUGGGCCGGGGAGGCUGAACCUGCUCCACGACGAGCAGGAGCGUAGCCGGCACAACGAGAGUCCAGUUAUUCUUGCAGAAAGGAUCAAUAAGCCUCCCGUGUCCGCUUCCGGUAACCUGGUGCACCAGCAUCAACACCAUCACCAUCAACAGCAGCAGCUUCACCAUCAGCAUCAAGAACACCAGCAGCAUCUCCAACAGUACCAGCAUUUGCAUCCGCGUUACACUUCCAGUCCGGUGAUUCACCGACUGGACUCCGUGAGUCCUCACAGUCAGCAUCGCGCGCCAUAUCCAUCUACCCAUCAUCAGCAUCAUCAACACCAGCAUUCCCAGCAGCAGCAGCAGCAUCAAAGUAAUUUAGAGACCAGUGAUAAAUCGCAGGCUUCAAACCACCAUCUGGUCCAGCAUCAGCAGCAGCAGCAACAGCAUCAUCAUCAAUUGUCUUCAUCACGGCACGGUGAUGAGGCCGGUCAUAUCAUGGAGAUGGAGACCGGUGGGAACGGUGCCGGUGGAUUUCCUGGUGUACCAGGUGUCGUCGCCAGUGGCGUCCGUGGCGCUGCUACCUACGGCGACAGUGGUUCAGACAGCGGGAUAAGUUCACUAAGGAGUGCCGGUUCCGGUGAUGAACGUAGCGGAAGUCGUAGCUCAGCAUUAAGCGCUGAAGAAACUACUGCCACGACAACAACAACACCAGCAGCAGCACCAGCAGCAGCAGCAACAACAACAACUACCGUACCCCCAUCACCAGCUGGUGUACCAACAACACCCGCUCGCAUUUGGCACGUACACAGUGUACAGCAUACCUCACUUAUGAUGGCACACACGCCCCAGUCUACUGGUUCAACCAUACCAGUCAGUGCACCACCCGUUGGCUACCAGAGUCCAGCUGCCGUAGCCGCUGCCACUGCUGCCAGCCAUCAUCAUCAUCCGUCUGCAGAGAUGCUCUGGCGACCGCCAAGAUAUCCCCCUCUGCCUCAUGGUCUUCUUGCUCCUGGUCAGCCCAUGCCCGCCGAGGAGCUGCUCGAACGCGAUCGUCAUGAACGAAUUAUUCGAGAGAGAAGAGAAGCUGAAGCACGUGAAUUAGAAAAGCAGCAACAAAGAGAAGCUAAAAUGGAUCUUGAAAAAUUGGAAAAACAAAAAGCCGCUGAACAGGCUGUGCAUAAACAUUUUGAAGAGUCCUUCAGAUUGGCACAUCAAAGGGUACCUUGUGUUUCGCAGAGAAAUAUGUCGACGGCCUCGGCGCCGUGGAGUAACUUUGUAACACUGCCGCCACCAGGAAGCAGAAGUCACGGUGCACCUCCGUCACAUGCGGGUCUACCUUCCCAUGGUCAUCAUCAUCCUGGUCCAGGUGGAGCGACUCAUCCGUCGCAAGUUACUUCCCAGCAGCAGCAGCAUCAACAGCAACAACAGCAGCAAGAGCGACAGAGACGAGAGCGUGAAGAACACGACGCACGGGAACGCGAACGUGAACGCGAUGUUCAGGCACGGGAACGAGAACGAGAGCAUUUGGCGGCUGCCGAGCGGUUGCACAGACAAGCGGAGGCUCGCGAGCACCACAGAGCUGCUGCUUACUAUGCUGCGACUGCUCCGUCUGCUGCUCAACAGGUUUUAAGACCCUCGAGUGUUCCGAGCAAAGUCGAGUACCCGCCGCCUCCAGCGCAUUCUCGUACGUCAAAGUCAUCACUGUCAGUUGUUAAUUUGCAUGACAAACAACAAGUAGUGGGUCCACCACACAGUAGCCUUCCGAAAGCUGAACCAAAUGUUAGUCUGUUCAGUUAUUCAGGAUACCCACCGCCACAAAUGCCGUCUUAUGUUCACGACAUAAAAGUUAAAAAUGAUCUCCAAUUAAAGCCACUGCCGGGUAAAAGUCUUGGCAGUCAUGAACGUGAUCAUCACGGCCGGGAGUUGGUGCAAAAUCAACCACCGCAAUUAUUAUCAGACCACAAGAGUUCGGUUAUUGUAAAAAAUGACCAGGGCCGUGGUAAUGAUUUAUCAAAAGUACCACCACCUCACUCGUCCAGUCCAAAGAUGAUGUCUUACAUGGUGCAACCAGUAGCACCACCACCUCCACCGCCUCAAGUGCCGCCGCAACCGACACACAAAACUCCAGUGGCGUAUGAGUACCGGAGUCCAACUCAGAGUCCUCAUCAUUUGCAUCAUCUGGAGAGCCUGCAGGCCAAAGGAAUACCGAGUCAUCAUCGUUCAGCGUCUGGACACAAUCAGUCGCCUCAUGGGCAUCCAUCGUCACAUUCGCACAAUCGUCAGUCGCCCCACAGUCAACCCCAUCCCCAUCAAACGCCUCAUCCGUCACCACCAGAGUCACGUUACCUCAACAGGCCUGAGCCCGGACUGCUCUAUGCAUCUUCGAAGCCGUCUUAUUCGUAUCCGCACCAACCCAACGCCUCACCGACGUCUCAUUACACAGCGCCGCCGGGUUCUAAGCCAAAAGUAAGCAGUCCUGCGCCACCUCACAUUUACGGCAAUCCAGGUCCAGGUAUUCUUACUGGCACACCCGUGUGCCGCGCAUCUGAACCAGCAGUACCAGCGCCACUCCCAUUGACGUCUAAAGCAACAGGCAGUUCGCCUUACCAGCAAGUGCCUCAUCACCACGGUUCGGCACCUCCAUCUCGAACUCUACCACCACCAGCACACACUCGUCCUCCAUACGACUCACGUGGUCUCCCAGUGGGUUCUUCAUUGCCCGUAUCAAAAUUACCACCACCUUUACACACGUCUCCUUCAACAGUCGGGUCAGCAGCACUAUCGCGACCAACAGUGCCGCAUCCGUCGUUCUUCGUGAGCCCUCAUCAAUCUGGUGGUCCACCAGGGACGUCACCAGUGGUGGUUGUGUCACCAGCUCCUGUUCUUCCGUCUGUCCAAACUCAGCCACUGGAUCUCGGCGUUGAACGAUCGGUCUCACCCAAGCGCAAAGCCUCCACACCGACUGAUCAUCUGGGUCAGUCUGUGUCAUUGGAGAUUAAAAAACGACGUACGGAAGAACCACCCACUCCUUUAUCACUUCAGUGUGUUGGUCCGCCCGUACUGUCUAGGGUGAGUGAACCCAGUCCGUUGAUUGCUUCGGCUGCGACAUCAAUCACUACCGUUGUCAAUAAUGCGCUGCUGGUACAGCCAACGACAAUUAAUCCAACCAUUAAUGCUACUACUAUUAAUAAUAAUCCUAAUAAUAAUAUUAAUAAUAAUAAUAAUAAUAAUAGUAAUAAUAAUAAUACUAGUAUUAAUACUGAAAAUGUUCAAACACAUCAAUUACAACAACAAUCACAGUCACAGUCACAGCAGCAGCAGCUUCAACAAGAGCCAGCUGUUAUUGUUUCUGUGAGCCCGGCACCGCGUACAGCCAGUGCUGAUGGAUCCGUCCGGCCUGCAAGUACUGGUAGUGUUAGUUCAUUACAUCAACAGCAAAUAACAACAAGCUCAGCACCAAGUCCAGCUCCAACAGCUAGUCCAGCUCCAGCAGCAUCGGCACCCAGUCCAGCACCACCAAGUGCACCUGGUACCCCAGCUAAGACACCGGUCAACAACACCGACAGUGAAAAAUCAAACAGUCCGGCACCAAGACCACCCAGUAGGACAAAUUACCCAGUGCACAAACUUAAAAAAGCCUGGUUGCAAAGGCACUCGGGUGAAGAUGGUACUGAAGACACGACUGGUGUUGUUGGCAGUGGGUCAUGUGUUACGUUACCGUUAAAUAGUGCUCAAGCUCCUUCUCAACCGUUACACAAAGAACGUGAAUCAACAACGAGUAAUAGUAAUAGUACAUCUAAUACGACUACUAGUCUACCGAGUGCUGUUAAUUCAAUUCAUAAUAUUGGUAGUAUGGCUGUUAAUAGUAUAAAUAAAACAAAGGCUACUGGCAAAGCUGGUAGGAAACCAAAAGAAACAUUAAAUGGUCACACGAAUGACGGGAAAAAUCUUCAAGAGGAUUCGUCUAGCAGCGAUCCUGAGAGGAAGUCACCGCCUAAAAGAAAACCGCCCAAGGUAAAACGAAAGAAGGGAGCCCCGAGGAGACAACAGGCAGCUGUCGAGGAACAAAGACGUAAAAAAGACGACAAACAAGUAACAGGAAGUACCGGUAGUACAGCAACGGCUACUGCUGCUGGAAGUGAUUCUAGCAACGAAAGCGAAGCUGGAUCCGCUAGCGACACCAGCGAACAACUUACUUCCUCAUCGUCUAUUCAACCUACUCCUAAAAGAAAUACAACUACACUCACCAAUAGCAAUACCAACUCCAAUAAUUCUACUGGAAAUGGAAACACCAACAGGGAGCCGCGAAAAAGAGGCAGACGACCAAAGAACUCGAAAGGAAACGACGCAGCAGGGGGCGAGGAUCAGCCUCGUUCAAAAAAAGACCGUAAGGAAGACAGUUCGAGUGGGAAUGGCGGCGCUGGUGGCGAAGGCGGCGGUAACGGCGGCAAUGGCCAGGGAGGUAACGGAAAAAGUAAUCCCUUUUGCAAACCACCUACAUCCCAGUUAAAAAAAACCGGCGACAGCUGGCUCCAAGAUCUCGCGUGCUGUGAAGUCGCACCAAAAUUAGCCAAGUGCCGUGAAUGCCGUUACCUCGCCAAAAGUCCACUUUCGAGAAUUAAAAAACAAACGGUCUUCUGUCGUUUCUAUGCAUUUCGUCGGCUUCGAUACACUAAAAAUGGCCAAUUAGCUAUUGCCGGAUUUAGCGACCCGCUUAAAGAUGCAUCUGAGGAAGACGUACAAUUGUGGUUGCCGGGUAACUUGGAUCAACAUUCAAGAGAAAAAGAUGAAAAAACCGAGAAAAAUGACAAGGACAAAGGCGCUGACAGAUUAGAUCUCGACAAGGAAAUGGCCUAUCGGUUGUUACGUCAAGUGGGCGAUCAGUUCUGUGAUCUUUUGCGUCAGGAAAAGGAAGCGCUUUCUGAGCAUAUUGCUGACGCGGAUAAUGGACUUGUAGACAGCACAGUUGCGUGGAAACGAGUUGUCCAGGGUGUACGUGAAAUGUGUGACGUAUGCGAGACAACACUUUUCAAUUAUCACUGGGUCUGUGCCAAAUGCGGGUUCGCUGUUUGCAUCGACUGCUUCAAGGGACGUAAAAAUGGUACGGUAACAAUCUGGGGUGAGAGUGGCAAAGACCGCGACGACUUUGGAUGGUUACUUUGCACAAAUCGACAAGUCCAUGCGCCAGAUCGCUUAAUGUUGACCCAAAUAAUAGCCGGCGACAGUUUACCUCAGUUGGGACAACGUCUGCACGACGUAAGAGCGGAAUGGGGAAUUCCUCAGCACUGUGAUUGUUCUCUAGUUUCCUCGACACCACCGAGCGAUGUUCUGCGUAACUCAAUAAAAGGUGACUCGGUAACAGUUUCAACCAACGGUAAUAUCAAGCAAGAAAUAAAAGAAGAAAAAUCCGGUGAUACUGCUAACGGUUCAUCCGACAGUAAAACAAACGGCGAAGAAAAUUCACCAUUGAAUUGGCUAGCAGACGUCGCGUUACAGAAUCAAGACAAAAAUGACAGCGGUUCGAGUUCUGAUUCCGACGAAGAUCGCGACGGCAAUUACUCGACGUUGCGCGAGUUAUUGAUUCGUCCAUCUCACAAACCAAAUGGCACAGGUUCAAGAUCUAAUUCUCCUACGAACGUCAAUUCACCAGGACCUACAAGCAACAAUAUUGUAAAACAGGGUAAAAAAUCAAAGAUGGACGCACUCGACGAAGUGAUAUCGAGUGUAAUUGAACAUACGGCCAAAGAAGAACGCGAGGCUGGUGAGUCUGGUGAAAAAACCUGUGAAUUGAAACAUUUUGUACGCCGCUACAAGUGGACAGAACGUGGACGCGAGCCAUUACCCAUCAGAAUAAUGACUCUGACUGAAAGCAAAAGUCUUUAUCCGGAUGUACCGCACUCUUGGUUGUGUAACGGUAAAUUACUGAGACUCAAUGAGCCUCACAAUGUCAACAAUUAUCGUAUAUUUCAAGACCAGUGGAAACGUGGCCAGCCGGUUAUCGUAUCAGAUGUGUCCAAGUCACUCAACAUGGACCUGUGGCAUCCCGAUUCAUUUGCGCGUGACUUUGGUGAUGAGAAAAAUGAUUUGAUAAAUUGUAUGACCGGUCAUACGGUACCGCACCAGCCGAUGCGCAAAUUUUGGGAGGGUUUCGAACACUUUGGCAAACGCCUCAAAGACGAUAAAGGCAACCCGAUGUUACUGAAGCUGAAAGACUGGCCACCGGGUGAAGAUUUCGCUGAAUUGUUGCCCUCGCGUUACGCAGAUCUUAUGAAAGUAUUACCUCUGUCUGAGUACACGCAUCGUAACGGACGUUUGAAUUUAGCCAGUAGACUACCAGACUGUUUUGUCCGACCGGACUUGGGUCCGAAAAUGUACAACGCCUAUGGCUCGGCGCUGUACUCGAAUAAAGGAACGACGAAUUUGCAUUUGGAUAUAUCUGAUGCGGUGAAUGUUAUGGUCUAUGUUGGGAUACCUCAAGAUGGAGAUAGCGAGGAACAUAUUAAGGAAGCACUGAGAGCUGUUGAUGAAGCAGGCUGUGAUAUUUUGACACGGAGACGUGUGCGCGAACGUGGUGAAGCACCGGGUGCUUUGUGGCACAUCUACGCCGCACGUGAUGCCGACAAAAUUCGGGAUUUGCUGAAUGCUGUUGCAUUGGAACGCGGCGCACGAUUGGAACCACACCAUGAUCCUAUUCAUGAUCAGAGCUGCUAUCUUGAUGGUCAUCUACGCGAACGAUUGUACCGUGAAUACGGCGUUGAAGGAUACGCAAUAGUUCAGUGUCUAGGUGACGCAGUAUUUGUACCAGCAGGUGCACCACAUCAAGUCCGUAAUCUCCACAAUUGUAUUAAAGUAGCCGAAGAUUUUGUGUCACCAGAAAACGUAUCCCACUGUUUCCACUUGACUCAAGAGUUCCGCGCCCUGUCGGACACUCACACCAACCACGAGGACAAACUGCAAAUAAAAAACAUUAUUUACCACGCGGUAAAAGACUCGCUGACUGUAUUGGCCAAUGCCAAGGAGGAGGCAUUGCAGGCCACCAAGGCCAAGUCAUCCGAGGUCAAGGUCAAAGACGAACCCAAGCGUGAAACUUGAUGAUCUUAAGCACCUGUACGAUGAUGAUCGUCAAUUGAAUUUAAAUAUUUAAACCAAUAAUUUAAAUCUCGCUUGCCGCGAGCUACCGAUCGGUCCCUCUCGGGUGCUGGUUCAUUUCUCAUAAAUAAAAUGAACUCCAAUUAAAAACGAGAGGCAAGUUGACAUGACGUUAAUACUGAUGAUGAUGGUGAUGAUGGAAACGAUGAUUUGUAUAAAAAAACAGCGUAAAGACGUGAAGAAAAUAGGAGAGACUUAAACGGAGUAUGCUCCAGUUCGUUGUGAUAUUUGAUUAGUAUGAGUUUUUUUUUUAAUUAAUUAAUUAAUUAUUAUUUUUUGUUCUCUUGUUUAUUUUUAAUUAUUGUCAAUGGCUAAGCCAUGUUCAAGUUGUCGUGUACUAUUCUUAUCUUAAUUUAAAUGUUAAUUACUUUAAUUAUAAUUGAUAACAACGAUAAUAAUGUAAUAUUUUUUUUUUAAUUUAAUUUAAUUUUCAUUUUUUAAACUUGUUGACUACGGACAUGAAAUCCGUGAGAUUAUUUUUUUUUUUUCGCAAUAAGAUUUACUGUGGAUACAAGCAAGAGUCGUCUCCCCUUGACUUCGCGUCCCACUGAUUGUGAUACCAAUAUUGGAAUCAUAAAUAUAUAUUAUAUAUAUAUUUAAUAGUGAAAAUAUAAAAUAAAAAACAAAAUGAAUAAUAAUUAUUUGUAAUUAAUUAUAUCGUGCCUGUAUCCAAUACAUACUUGUCUAUAUUAUAUUAUAUAUAAAAUGUAGAUAAUCGAUAAUUGAUAAUAAAUAAUAAUUAACAAUUAUUAUUAUUAUUAUUAUUAUUAUUAUAAAUAAGUAAGUAAAUAUUAAUAAGGAUAAUUACGUAUUGUAAUAAUAAAUUCCUAUUGGCAAUUCGCCAAAAAAAUUUAAAUACGGGAGUUUAUUUAUUAUUUUAUUUUAUUUCAUUAAAUAUUUUGUCAGUGCAAUUAUUUUUAUUUAACGCUAAAUCGAGUACUUGCCUUGGGUAAUUAUACGGACUAAAAAUAUAUAAAUAUAUAUAUAUGAUAUUAUUAUUAUUUUGCGGUUUAACGCAACUACUAAGACUUUAAUCACUGCCUCAUAGAAAAUCACAUUUUAAAAUUUAAAUUUUCAAAUUUAAAAAUCGCGCGCUAAAAAAAAUUUAUAAAAUAAAUUAUUUUUAGUUUUAUUAUUUAAUUACUAAGUACAGUACCGUCCGUUAAUGAAUACUGGACUUAAAAAAACUCAUUAGUAGUUAUAAUUAAUUAAUUAAUUAUAAAAAUUGAAAUUUAAAAAAGACAGAGGCUGACGUUUAAAAAAAAAAAUUUGAAUUUUUUUUCCAAGUGCCAACGGUCAAGACGCAGGUGCGAAAAUUUAAAAUUAUUUAUUUAUAUUUUUUAAAAUCUCGGGGCUCAAUAUUUCAUUAGACUUAAUAAUAAUAAUAAUAAUUCUAAUAAUAAUAAAAAUACUGAUGUACAAUUAUGCGUAUAAUUAACGAUCAUAUAUUUAUUUAAAAUAUAUAUUAAAUAAUUUUUCGCACUUUUAAAUGUCAAAGAUUUAAAAAACGGAUUAAUUUUAUUUGAUCUCAAUAUUUGUCUAGUAACAACGAGUUUAUAAAUUAUUUAACGUAUGUAAAGUUCUCUAGUGUUAAAUAAUUUUAAAACGGCCGGUGUAAAAAAUAAAUAUAAAUAUAUACAUAUAUGUCUGUGUAUUAUUGCAACAAGUGAAUAAUAAUAAUAAUUCAUUAUGUUACUUGUAAAUAAAUUAAAAAAAAAGGUAUAAAUAUAUAAAUAUGACAAAAAUUAGUUUUUAAGUUUGAAAAAAAAAUAACGGCACGAAAAUUACACCAGAUUAGUAAUAAAUAUAUAUAAAUAUAUAUAAAUAAUUAAUUAAUAAAAUAUUAAUUAGAAAAAAAAUAUUUAAAUGUUGCUGACAAUGCCGAAAAAAUUAAUUAAUUAAUUAAUUAAUUAGGUGAAAAUAAAAGUGUUUUAGUGUAAAUGCGCGCGUUAUAUAUAUAGUAAUAAAUUUGUACAUGUAAUUAUUAUUAAUUAUUAUAAUUAUUAAUAUUAUUAUUAUGUAUGACAAUUGUGAUGUAUGAGUGUAGAGAAGUAAAAAGGAUUUAAAAAAAAAGUGCGUGGGUGUACAAAAAAAAGCGGGUGUUUAAGUAUGAAUGCUAAUUACUAUAUUGGUGUAAUUAAUUGAAGGCUGGAGUAGUGGCGAUUUGGAAUAUUGAAUAAAUGAUAAGAUUUAAAUAAAAAUAAAAAAGUACAGAAUUGGGAUGAAAAGAGGUACUGAGAAUUUUAAAAUAAAAUAACGAUUUAUUAUUAUUAUUAAAUAAUAUUGUGGAUCCAUAGCCCAGUGUCCUGAACCACCGGCCACUCCUCCCAGUCAAGGCGAUUGUAAAACCGCUGGCCGGUGGGUAUGAGUAUAAUUUUUUGUACUGUGUAAAUGUAAGAACAUAAAAUGUUUGAAUAAGAAAAAUGUUUAUAUUA